CAUCCUUUUCACUCUCUUUCUCCCUCUUUUUAUAAAUAGGCAUUUCAAUACACUAAAAUCCAACUUCUUUUUUUUUUCUCCCUUUGCUUUUUUUUAAACAAAAAGAAAUGAAGUUCAUUGCCAUAGCUUAUCUUUUCAUGGCAAUGUUAGUUCCUUAUGUCUAUGGUGUAGGCAUGGCCAUCGCGUGUGGUUUUAUUGAAAAAGAUGCAGAUGGACUCUGUCAUUUUGGAUGUUCCAGUGGUGGUUGUUAUCAAAAGACCGCUUCUCUGAAUCGAGAUGACUUUUAUAACGCAUUAGUUAAUUCGGGAUUUGAGCAAUGUACAAAGCAAGGCGUGAAUGAAAUCAGCUGCCUGAAUAAAAGUGGCGAGUAAUCAAUACAGAUAGGGGCUGUUUGUGCAACACAGUUGUUUUUGAAAUGUGCCUGAAAAUAUUCUUUUGUUUCCUUAGCCUUAUCAUGUGAUUUAUGUUUGUUAUUGUGUACUUGGAACCCUGUAGAAAGUUUCAUGUCUUGUAACAAAAAUAAUGUGAUUUAUUAUUCUUCUAUAUAAUUAUAUGGGAUAAAAUAUGUAUUAUAAAAUAUGAGAGGAGGGGAAUAAAUAUAAGAUAAAAUAUAUGACUUUUUUUUUUGUAUAAAAUGAAAUGAAUGAAUGCAUGAUG